AUGGCCAAGCUGCAAAAGACGCUGAAGCAACGACAGCGUCAUGCAGCCCGAAACAGUGCCAACGUCACCAAGCUAACGCCCGCGGAAAUUCGAUCGCUUAAUAAUAGUGCCCUGGCUUCGAAGACAGGUAGUCAAUCCAGUUCAAAAUCGACAUCAACUCAAUCCCGAUCGAGACGUUCAACCAAUGCCACUCCUCCCGCCACUCCUGAUGAGCUUCCUGCCUACGGAGCACAGACUCAGAGAAACGCGGUCUCGAGGAAUAACAGCGUCAAUAUCCCGACCCCUCCUCACACACCCAUUACCCAUCGAAGAUCGUCUCAAUCAAGCACCCAUGGCCACCAUUACGGCCCUCACGUGGUCCAUGGCCACGCCCAUGGCAUUAUCCACGCCCCUCGACCUCGAGGAUCUGCGCAAGCUGCAUUCAUGUCUGCGAAUGGCUGGUCUUCCCGUCCAUCAAGCUCUGGAUCUUCGUCAUACCGUGGGCUUCCCACCUAUCGAGGUCCUGAGGUUACACGUACCGGAUCCUUGACCAUGCUCCAGCACCCGUCUCACCAGAUCGUUUCUAAUCCGCUUUCUUACUUUUCGAGACCGCGGCAAAGCCAGGUCAGCACGUCACCAGAGCAUGGAAGGCAUGAAUCCCCAGAUAUCAGCAUUUAUCGCGCCCAAAGUCUACGGAACGUGCGAUCCGAUUCUGUGCCGACCGUCAGCGCUCCGUCAUCGAGGCCUGCGAGUCCACCCAGGGUGACCGACUCACCCGUCUCGAUGAUUGUGGAUGGAACGGACAAGUUCCCGGUCGUAGACGCGGCGGAUGAUCCGCACAAUCAGCCCAAAGUUCAAUUUGAUGAAGAAAUGGCUCCGAACGAAUCUAACCUGGAAAGCGUGGACCCUCAGUCCAAGCAGGCGACCGAUUUGCCCGUCGAACCAGGAAAGCAGAUCGUUCAGCCCGAAUCGCCAAAGAAGGAAAAGGAAAAGCAGAAGCGGUUCACGUUCCAUGCGGCACUCUUUGGGGGAGAUAAGAGCCACCAAGAGAGCGCGGAAAAUGUAGGCAAACUCAAAAAAGGGCGAAGAAGGACUCUAUCUUUCAGCAAAAAUAGUGAGGCGGAAAAAUCAGAGAACAAGACUGCGACACCGGCCGAGGCGAACGACGAAGUCAAAGUGGACGGCGCGACGAUUGAAACCGAGGACUUUUUGACACAUUCGGCAGUUCGUCCACUCUCACUGAUCAUUCCAAGCGAGUUUAAAGGGAAGGAAAAGGAAAUCGUCUGUGCCCCAGUCUAUGCUCGAUGUGCCUGUUGUGGGAAGUUGAAACGGCCUUCAGGGUACUCCGGCGAACUCAGUCCGGUGCUGGAAAACGAGAAUCUCCGAACCAACUUCAGCUUCGAGAUUGAACGAACAUCUGGUUCGUCUGAGAGACGAAGUUCCGAUGCGAGCCGCCAUAAAUUUGUACCCAUUAUCCCGAUGGAAGUCGGUGAAAACGAAACCCGCCAGGCGACGAUUGAGCCAUACACGGGUCCUUUCAACAGCCACACGGAUGAGCAUGAGCAAAUAUCGCAGACGGACAUGAAUAUCGCUUCUUCGAGUCCAGUCAAGCAGCCUGUUGGGCACCUGAGUUCAAGUCCACGAAGAAUGAAGAGGCACUCCACACCGGCUCGAUUUACUAGGUUUGCCAGCUUGCAUGGACGACGAAAUGUGGAUUCAACCGUGAUCGCGGAAGAAGACGAGGAGGCUGAAGCGGAAGGGGAAGCGGCCGAACAUCAACCUCUUAUGAGCGAGGUGACGGGGCCUGAGACCCCUGGUAUCGUCAAUCAAAUUGUCGCUGCCGCCGCCGCCGCAGAUGAGGAUGUGAUUGCGAGCAGUCUACCACUGAUUGAACCGAUUUCAUCAGCCGACCGAGCAUUCAUCGAAUCAGUACCCAGGAUGGCCACUCACGACGCUCAACUUCUGACCAGCGAGAUUGUCGAGAGUAUUCCUCUCAGAGGGUCGAGUUCACGAUCAGGAUCAGAGAUGUUCUCCACACCCACCCGGGGCACCACCCCCGUGCCCGAGAAUGCUACGGCCACGGAAGGCACUCCCAUCCAGCCUGUCGCCGCGACUCAGGCUCAAGCCAUGGUGCAGGAGAAGGUGGAAUAUAGUCCCAGCCCUCCCUCGAUGGACGACACACCUACCUCAACCACUACCGCAACGACAACAACCAUUGCUACGCCCUCCGAUAUUCAAAACCCGGCUUCACCGAAGUUCGCCCCGGAGUUUUCAGCCUCUUUCUUUGAUUCACCCGAUUUAUCUCUUACUUCACAAUUUGAACCAGGCACAAAGCCAGCUGGAAUUGUUGGGAAGUCAGAGAAAGGAAAGGACAAGGCCACCGGAAAGAGGAAGUCAACUGCGACCGAAUGGGUGGCCGAAAUGAUGACUGUGAAUGCUUAG